GGUGACAAAAGCAGAGAAGAGUUGUAACUGACUGACCACCAUUUAGAGUCUCCAUAGUGCGUUAGCAUUUUGUUGCGUACGGUACUAUAUUGCGCUUUACCUGCAUUUGCUUUGCACUUAGGCCUUUUGGCAAAGAAAGCCAACCAAUUUACCUUUCACACCAAAGCUACCUGACACGUACUCUCAUUCUCUCUCUCUCUUCUUCUUUUUUUCUUGAAAUAAAGAAACGGUGGAAGAUACAGCUAUAGACUCAGCUAGACCAUAUAUAGAUUGUCCACACACGUACAAUUCUCUAUGUUUUUUGCAUAAUCCAAAGUCGUAUACCUCGAAAUCUUGACCGUUUGUUAUCUGGGUAUUCUUUGGUUUUACACUUUACUUCACUGUAAACAAGGAAUGCUGAGAUUGGAGUGAUCACUGCGCUGUUAUUUACUACUACCUUUUUGCGUUGGCAUUGAACUCGUUCAAGUUUCUUGCUAAAGUCAAUGAACUGAAACACUUUGAUGAAGAUUUGACAGAAUUCAAAACAUGAAUACCAGAGUCAGAACUUCGCUUCAGUCUAUGAAAGCUCCUAUGAAACAAGAAAAAGAGAAGCUGGAUAUGCAGAGGAGAAAGCAAAAUGAUGCUGCAAAAGCUACCCGGAGUCAACGGACUUCCAGCGAGGAAAGAAAAAUUGCUUUGCAGCAAGAUGUUGAUAAGCUUAAGAAGAAGCUUAGGCACGAAGAGAAUGUUCACAGAGCUUUGGAGAGGGCUUUCAACAGACCUUUGGGAGCUCUACCUCGUCUUCCCCCUUAUCUCCCUGCUAAUACAUUGGAGCUUCUGGCUGAGGUGGCUGUCUUAGAAGAGGAAGUGGUUCGGCUUGAAGAACAAGUUGUGCAUUUUAGACAGGACCUGUAUCAGGAAGCUGUCCACAUUUCAUCCACAAAAAGAAGUGUAGAGAAUUCAGCUGAUUCAUAUGCCCCAUACCCCUCUAAGAAUCACAAAUCGGAGCAAGGCAAGUUCUCAACUCAAAAUGUGGUUGAUUCCGCUGCCUCCCUACGGAGGCAUAAACCGUCUCUUUCUGAUGAUGGUCGGGGAAAAGAGGACCAACCAUGUACUAAUUCAACAAGGAACCAAAAGGGAUCCUCAAUGCAUAAAUCUCAAACAACUAAAACUCCAGUUAAGAGACCUAUCAUAAGCCAUAUAUCAGCAGAGAAGCGGUUAAAUCCUCAGAAUUUACAACUAGAACGCAGAGUAAAAGACCAAGCAAGUCUAGAAGGGGAAACUCUUGAUGAAAGACUCAGACUGUCAGACAAUGACAGCCCAAAUAGAAUUUCUGAAAAUAUUGUGAAGUGCUUAUCAAGCAUUCUCCUAAGAUUGAGUUCUACGAAAAAUCGAAGUAGUGCAGAAAAUUUACCCUCCUUUUCAACUUUAUCAGCUCGAGAAAGCAGUGAAGAAACAAAUUAUUGGGACCCUUAUGGUAUUUGUUCAGAAUUUGGAAAGAGAGACAUUGGUCCAUACAAGAAAUUAUGUCAAAUUGAAGCUGGGUCAAUCAAUCUCAACCGAACAGCAAAUUCUAUGUUUCUAUUUAGCAGAUUAAAACUACUUCUUGGGAAACUUGCCUCUGUCAACUUAGAAAGCCAUACCCAUCAGGAGAAGCUUGCAUUCUGGAUAAACAUUUACAAUUCCUGCAUGAUGAAUGCAUUCCUAGAAUAUGGCAUACCAGAAAGUCCUGAGAUGGUUGUUGCUUUAAUGCAGAAGGCAACAAUAAAUGUGGGGGAGCACUUGCUAAAUGCAAUAACUAUCGAACAUUUCAUCCUGAGAUUGCCUUACCACUCAAAAUAUACAUUUUCAAAGGGAGCAAAAAAUGAUGAGAAGACAGUGAGAAGCAGAUUUGGAUUAGAGUUAUCUGAACCGUUGGUGACAUUUGCGCUAUCCUGUGGAAGCUGGUCCUCACCUGCUGUGAGAGUGUAUACCGCAUCUCAGGUUGAGAACGAACUGGAAGUGGCUAAAAAAGAGUUCUUACAGGCUGCAAUUGGAGUUUCAGCUACAAAGUUUGCAAUCCCAAAGUUGUUGGAUUGGUAUUUACCUGACUUUGCAAAGGACUUGGAGUCAUUGCUUGAUUGGAUCUGCCUUCAGUUACCAAAUGAACUUGCCAAAGAAGCAAUUAAGUGCCUUGAGAGUGGAAAAAAAGAACCUCUUUCACAGUUUGUCCAAGUUAUGCCAUAUGAGUUCAAUUUUAGGUACCUGUUAUACACAUAAUAAACUCUUGCUUCAAUUAAAUUCUUUAUUGCUUGGGUUUUAAGGGCUUUCAGGUUACAAUUUUGUUAUAGACAGCUACAGAAUGUGUAUGUGAGCUAGAUGUAUAUAUGGUCUCAUUGUAAGUAGUAUUGAGAUGAAUGAUCUCUUCCAGUGAGGGGUUCUGCAUGUACCUAUGGUUUGUGAAGAGUUAGUUUUAGACCAAAAAUCAAAUAAAUAAAAAAGUAAGUUCCUGAUUCAAUUUUUGACA